AUGGGGCUCUUCCUGACCAUAGGAAUUCUGCUGUUCCAGAAACCCACAGUAACUGAACAAGUUAAGAAGUGUUGGGAUAACCACGUACAAGGACAUUGCAGGAAAAUCUGCAAAAUAGCCGAAAUGCGUUUCGUAUUAUGUCCAAAUGGGAGAUUUUGUUGCCUCAGUAUCAAGGAGGUGAUAGCGCGUAGAAGAAUUACACAGCCACCUCGUCCAAAACCACCAGAAGUUGCACUGACUCUUCCUCAAGACGAAGAUAUAACAUACCCUUCCUCAACCCCCAAGACAUAUACCUAUUUUGCAUAA